AUGGCCGACAUGACGAAAGACAUCGAGACGGCGACCCAGGGCCACGAGGUCGCGCCCAAGUCGGCCCACGGUGGCCUCGCCGCCAACAUGACGCCGGAGAGGAGGGCGCAGGUCGAGAAGAAGCUGAAGCGCAAGCUGGACGCGCGAUGUUCGCUGUUCGUCAUGAUCUACAUCAUGAACUACCUCGACCGCAACAACAUCGCCGCUGCGCGUCUUGGCGGUCUGCAGGAGGACCUCAACAUCAACAACACGCAGUAUGCGACGUGUUUGUCCAUUCUGUACGUCGGCUACAUCUUGAUGCAAAUUCCGUCAAACAUGAUCAUCAACAUCAUCCCCCGUCCGUCCAUCUACAUCGGUGUUGUCAUGCUCGUCUGGGGCAUGAUCUCGACCCUCUCUGGAAACGUGACCAACUUCGCCGGCAUGGUCGCCAUCCGCUUCUUCAUCGGUUUCGUCGAGGCUGCUUUCCUGCCCGGUGCCCUCCUGAUUCUGUCCAAGUGGUACACGCGCCGCGAACUCACUCUCCGCAACGCCAUCCUCUUCUGCGGCAACCUCAUCUCCAACGCCUUCUCUUCGCUCGUCGGUGCUGCCGUCUUGUCGAACAUGGAUGGUACUCUCGGCCACCCUGCCUGGAGAUGGCUGUACUGGAUCGAAGGUGCCGCCACAAUGGCCAUCGCUUUCGCCGCCCUGUUCAUCCUCCCUGAUCUUCCCCACAACACGCGUGGUUUUACUGAGGAGGAGCGCGCCGUCGCCGUCCUCCGUAUGACUGAAGACGUUGGCGAGGCAGAUGAGGAUAGCGCCGAGGAAUCCGUCUACGCUGGCCUGAUCAUGGCCGUCAAGGACACUAAGAUCUACGUCUUGAUGCUGACCUUCACCGCCUACGUUGUCGGCUUAUCUUUCAAUUCAUAUUUCCCAACUUUGACAAAGACGCUCGGCUUCGGCUACAUCACGACACUGCUCAUGUCCGCACCCCCAUGGGCAUUCGCCUGCGUCGUCUCCCUAAUCAAUGCCUGGCACGCCGACCGCACACAAGAGCGCUUUUGGCACAUCGUGGGCCCGAUCUUCGGCGGGCUGAUCGGUUUCAUCAUCUCCAUGUCCACACUCAACACGGCAGGGCGCUACGUAGCCCUCUUCCUGCAAGCCUCAGCCUACGCGGGGUUCAUCGUCUUCUACUCGUGGAUCUCGUCCUCGUUCCCCCGCCCCCCGGCCAAGCGCGCCGUCGCCAUCGCCAUGGUCAACGCGUUUUCCCAGCUCGGCAACAUCGCAGGCUCCUACGUGUGGAACCUGCCAGACAACGGCUACAGGGGCAGCUACGGCAUUGUGACGGCCAUGUUCGGCGUGACAAUUGUAGGCUGCUACGUGUUUAGGGUUAUCCUCAUCCACCUGAACAAGAAGAUCGAUGCGGGUGAGGACGCGUGGGAGACGCGCGGAGACGUCGCCGAGCACACGGCGCAGAUGGAGGGCGUGACUGUCGAGGAGGGCCAGCGCUUGAUCAAGGGAUACAGGUAUUUGGUGUAG